UUACAAAAGUAUUUUAAAUUUUCAAAGUUCAUCAAGAAUUUUUAUAAAUUGUUAGCAAAAUUUUAAGUUUGAAAAUUCUCCUAUUAAUAACUACUUAUAAAAAUUAUGACCAACUGGCCUUCCAGAAAACGUGUUCAAAGUUAUACUUGUGCGAUUCAUACUAAAAAGAAGAGAAAGAAUUUAGUUGAUAACUCUCAAAAAGUUAACUAUAAAGAUUUUACGAAAUCGAACCCAAACGAAACAACUCAAUAUUUAUAUGCAGAUCCAUCAUUUAUAAUGGAAGCUGCUAUCAGCCCUCAUCACAGAUUGGAAGGAGGAGGUGUAGGAAGUGAGCAGCAGGAAGUCUAUUACGAUUGUUGGCCUUGUGAUUGUGAGCGAGAGCCUCAAUUGCAAAUAUUUGAAGUCAUUAAUCAAAUCAAAAAUCCUAAAGACUUUAAAAGUCUACUUAAACAAAUUGUCCAUACUUCUAGUGUAUUGUAUCAAACAUUUCGUCAAGCUUAUGAUAAAACAAAGAAAAUUCACAAGAAUUCCUUGGGAAAAUAUAGCGAGACAUGCUGUAACAAAUGCGAAAAACCUGACCAAAAAAUGGAAUGUGGUGAUAUGAAUCCUUUGGAAAUUAUUAAUAUAGAAAUACCAGCCAAUAAUCGGGAAUAUUUGGAAGAUGUAACUUAUGAAUCCUUAAGUAGAAAAAAACAUAAAAAGAAAAAAUCUCCGAAAUGUUUCGGUGGCCAGCAACAAUGCUGUUUUGUAUGCGAUAACUGCCAGGAUAAAGAAAAUAUAUGUAACACAUAUUUGGGUUCAUUAGAACCGGAAACAGAUAUUUGCGAAGCAAAGAAUUCCCAAAAAUCUUUAGCAACAAAGAAAAUGGAGCAAUUCAAUGAAAUUAUUAAAAAAGAGGAACGUCCUUUAAGUGAUGAAAAAAAGGAAUGCGAUUUCUCAACAUGGUUUACUCAAACUCCUUCAUGUUUAAUGGAAACUAAUGCUUGCCAACAAUACGAAGAUGAGCUGCAACAUUUAAACUUCUGUGACAAAUGUGCAGUGUUAAGGGGAGAAAUGGCUUUACCCUCUAAAUUACAAAAUGAACCUUUAUAUAAUAACAAACCAGAUGUAUGUGAGAAAUCCUCACAAACUUGCCAGAAAAUCAAAUGCAGCAAAACCGAGCCCUGUUCAAAAUCCCAAAAACCUGUAAGACCUCUACAGCAACCAGCUAAACAAGUGCUAAACUUAAGCCCGGUGUGUGUAACCAUACCUUUGAAAUUACAAAUUGAUUCACAGAAUUGUCAAUCACGUUUCAUAGAAACAGAAAUCGUAAUGGAAGCAUUUAGUGGCUCUCAAACCUGCAAAUUGCCCCAACCCCUAAAAACAAAUAUUCCAACAUUCUCAAGUCCGAUUACACCAACAAACUCUAAAACUCCAACAUCAACAUCUAAACAACUUCAGAAGAAAUGUGGCAGUGAUCUCUUCUACUCAUGCAUCUCCAGUUCAGGUAUUAUAAAACCUGAGGAAACUCCAGAAAUCGUUGGGGAACCGGCUGUAAAGGAAGUGCCUUUACCAGAAAUUAGAUCACAGACAAAAAGUAUCCAAGCUACACCGCCAGAAAGUUCGGUUGCAACUACAAUGACAGCAAACAAAACAUUUACCAGUAGGAUGGAUUUUACUCAAACUGAAGAAAUAGCUCUGCCAUCAGUGGCAUCACCAGAUCCAAAGGCUAAAGCGAAACAAUUAAGAGCAGAUCUUCUAGAAGAAGUCAGAGCUACACUAGAACAAACUACACCCAUAGCUGCUCUUAAAUUACUGCUAGAAGGUAAACGUUUCUCACUACCCUCAAAUUUAAGACCCAAAGAAAUGUCCAAUACAACACCUGCUAGACAUAGUUUUCCUAGUAACUAUCAGGCUAUGCCAGCAAGUUCAACACCUCUACAACCUCUCAAGCCCCUAACAACUCCAUUAUCAUCUACACGCGAAAAACCUACUCUUCCCCCUAAACCUAAACUACCAACCAAACCGGCCAGCUUUGUAACAGAAACAGUACAAACAGACGCCUCAACCAUCAAAGCCAGUGGUCACUAUAAACGCAAUGAAAUGCGCACUGAGAUACAAGAUGAACUCAAAGAACUUUUACAACCAAAUCCCUUGAAAACUUCAGCAAAAUAUGCACCCGAGGAGAGAGAUGAAAUUUUACUAGAUCUACAUAAACUAUUUCAUCCGGAAAAGGCUGGACGUUUGCCCAAACAGAUAAGUCGGGAAAAUGCCUUACAAGACAUACGAUUUUUGGUUGAGCCAGAGGCCCCUAAACCGGAAAUCACAUUUCCUGCUGAUAGCAACACACCUAAAACCUCUGAAUCCCAAGAAAGUAUUAUACAAAGUAUCAAACAUAUUUUAAAUCCAAAAACCCAACAAAAGUCUAACAAAAAAAAGAAAUAUGACAAGCAGACUAAAGAGAAAAUUUUGGAAGAUUUACAAAUCAUUUUAACUCCAAAACAAAAGAAACCGGAAAUUAACCAAGAGAUACGUGCCAGUGUGUUACAUGAUUUACGUUUCAUGUUGGAUACCGGGCAAGAGACCACUUCCCCUAAUAGGCCUCCUCGCUUAUCUGAAAUGCAGUCAACUGCUAUAGCAGAUACUGGGCCUAGUUCUUCUCAAGCUCAGCAGGUGAGGCAACAGCGUCAACAAAAACCCCCUAAUGAGAUAAGAGACAGUUUAAUAGCAGAUCUUAGAUAUUUACUGGAUACCACACAUCCUCCACAAAGUAAUAAUAGCAAAAGCUUUGAAGAUAAUUUGUUAGCCUCAGCAAGACAAGCACCACCUGUUCCUCCCAGCAUACCAACUAUACCUAAGAAAUCUCAGAGUACAAUAUCUUCUGAGGCAUCGUUAUCCGAUAAUGAUAAGAGAAAUGAAAAGCAUAAGUAGGUGGAGCCAAUUACACUGAAUCUGGAAAUGUCUAUGGAUAUAAAUAGAAUAGGAGAUGUUCAUUUAGCAUCCUCUUUAUCACCACCAAAAUCUUCUUCUUCUGAUACAUUUUUUCUUGAAAUGCAAGAUCAAUCUUCCAGAAGAUCUCAACAAAAGAAGAAAUAAAUAAAAGAUAAUAAAUAAUACCAGGAAGAUCUUUUUCAAUUUUAUGAAUUUCUAAAUUUUAUGUAUAUGUAAAUUUAAUGUAAAUAUUAUAAAACCUGA